GGGAAGCAGCCAUGGUCUGAGGCGGGUGCCUCACCUGUCAGGCGCGCGGGCUCCUGCGCUGGCCUCUCGCCCUCGCGUCCACGGAGCUCGCCGCUCGCCGGGCGGGGGUGGCGGCGGCCGGGCCACCAUGAUACAUUUCAUCUUGCUCUUCAGUCGCCAGGGGAAGUUACGGCUGCAGAAGUGGUACACCACCCUCCCUGACAAAGAGAGGAAAAAGGUCACCCGGGAAAUCGUUCAGAUCAUUCUCUCUCGUGGUCAGAGGACAAGCAGUUUUGUUGACUGGAAGGAGCUAAAACUUGUUUAUAAAAGGUAUGCUAGUUUAUAUUUUUGCUGUGCGGUAGAAAAUCAGGACAAUGAGCUCUUGACACUAGAGAUUGUGCAUCGUUAUGUGGAGUUACUGGACAAAUACUUUGGAAAUGUCUGUGAGCUGGAUAUUAUCUUUAAUUUUGAAAAGGCUUAUUUUAUCCUUGACGAGUUUAUAAUAGGUGGAGAAAUUCAGGAAACAUCCAAGAAAUCCGCUGUCAAAGCCAUUGAAGACUCUGAUAUGUUACAGGAGACAAUGGAAGAAUAUAUGAACAAGCCUACAUUUUAACUGUCUAUCUACUUAAAGACUGCCUGUUGUGAACCUGUAAUAAGCAAGGCCUUACAUCCAGUUCUUUGACAUAGCCUCCAGCACCAUGCCAAAAGUAACUUAAAGGGAUUGCUUGUUAACUAGCAAAAGUUAAAGUUGUUUAAUGUAAUAUAUUUAUAAUAAUUACGUGUCUGUAUUAUAUUGUAUAUGAAUACUUGUAGCUUUGGAUAUUAAAAUAACUGCUGUAUAAUGCAACAGACUGAAUAUUUAUUUGCAAUGAUUUUAACUCCAUAUGAUAGUUUUAAAUUCACUUCAGUAAAUUAGUUGCAAUAUAUUUUUGUUGGAUUUGAUCCUCUACUGGCAGGUUGAAAACUGUAUUGUAAUAAUCCAUGAUUAUGAAUGUAAAAUAUAUAUUGUAUAAAUACCUUUUCUAUGUUUCAUUUUUAAUUUUAUGAUAAUUCAAAAUUGCAUUAAUAUUUUGCAGUUCUUACACAAUACUAGAUGUUUUUAAUUUCAGUCCAGAUACAGUGUAUCUGAUUUUAAUAUCCUGAAUCCUUUUAUUUUUUCAGGAUUGGGUUUAUGGAAAAUAACCAAAGAUAGUAUAGAAUUUAGGGGUUUUAAUGCCUUAGAAGCUGCUAUCUAGGCUAAGGUUUUAGUUUUAUCCUUUGACAGAACAUGAGGGACAUUCAAUAAGGUUGUGUUUUCCCCAUGCUCUUUUUAUUUGUUAAGCUUUCAAGAGAUCUGGAGAUACAGAGUCUAUGACUUCCCUCAUUAUAAAAAUAGUAUAGUAAGGAUUAAUAGCAACAGCAGUAAUUAUUAUUGCUACUACUAUUUUAAAAAUCUCUCUGUUCCACUCACUCUUGGUUGUUUGACAGAUUUUAUUUCAAAUAUGUUAAUGUGUGUUGAAUAUAUUUGGAAACUUAAUGUUUAUCAAGCUUACUUAGAGCACUUGAUCUUGCUGCAGCCGACAUGAGAGAUGCCUUUCUUCUCUUCUCCUUCCCCAUCCCCAUAGAAAAUAUUUGCUGCUGCCCAUCAUUAUUGUGCAUGUGCCCAUUCAUGCCUCCUUCCAUAAGCAUUCUACAUAAUUUAAAGGUAGGCAGUGGGAUUCUACCAAUUUGGAGAAAAUAGCUCUUAAUACUCUGUCUUGGUGUCUUGCUCUUGCAUUUUCAGUGUUAGUUUUGAGGUCUGUCAUCUUUCAUUUGGAGGAGUUAGCAACCCUCUAGUGCUUUUCCUAAAAGAAGACUGUGCUUACUGUUAGAUUCUAUAGGAGACACUGUAUGGGAGACCUUUCAAGAACAUGAUGGGAAAAUGUCUUCUUUGGUUCAUUUCGGCAGACAUAUGUAGGGAAAAUUGGCAGGAGAAGAGCAGAGGAACAGAGGAGAAAUUGAUCAGUUCCUCAGUGUAAUCAUUAUUAAAAGUGGUUAGAUGGGCAUAUGAAGUAAUUUUUGCAUUUUUCAUAGCUACCAUGUCCUUGGGUUAAUCACAUGAUUACCAUUAUGGCAUCAAAUUGAAGUUUAAUUAUCAUUUUUGGUCCCCUUAUUUACAUUAAUUCUUCUGUUUUGUAGUUUUACUUUGGUUUUUAAUAUGGUGGAACUCUAUUUUUAAAAAUAAUUUUUUAAGAAUGGACUUUAUGUAAAUCUAACAGUUUUCCACCGUUUUUGGAUGAGGUAUUUAUUGAACCUCAUUCAAAUGUAUUACACAUAUUCUGGUUAAUUCUAUGUUAGACACUGUCUAGCUUUUCACAAGGAUGCUCAGAGUUCUUCGUGUCAAAUCACAUAUUAGAUAAUGAGCAUAUCUGAAUGGCACACUGGGUGAAUUUGAGGAAUUUUUGGGUGUCUUAUGUGGGCCUUGAAAAUAAUCAUUGUUUUCUUUAUAUUUUAUAAUCAUAAUAAAAGUACCAAGUGAUGGGAAAGAUAAUAAAUACUGAAUUUGUAUAAAACUUCCAAAUAAAAUAUUUUUAAAUUUUUUAAUGAA